CCCCACACAAAAGGUGGUGGGAAAAAAGUUCUUUUUGUACACACUGCGAUGAUGGCGAUGAUGAUGCCUGCAAUCUCCAACAGCAGCAGCAACAACAACCAUAACACUUUCUCACUCUCUCUCUAUCUUUUGUACUCUCUCUGUCUCUCUCUCUCUAUUUGCCUCUUUCCCUUCUUCUCCUCUGUUCUCUUCCCUCACAACCAUGGCUGAUUCCUUCUUUUCUCACCGCUCUCAUCCAAUUGUUAUAAUGGGAACCCAUCAAAGUUAAGAGAAUCAGCCAAAAGAAGAAGCAGAAGAGAGAGCUAUGGAGAAGAAGUGUGGGUGCUGGGCUGUGUUGAAACGCGGCGUUAGAGGUUCCUGCAAGUCCUCUGCUUCUAAAGACUCUGCCAACACUAUCCCUCGUACUAGUCUAGUUUAUGACGCAGCGACUGAAACACGAUAUCUAAAUGCUAGCAACAGAGAACUCUGUGCUCCCAAUGAAGCUCAGCUAUCAUCGGAUAAGCCUAAUCCACCAACAUCAGAAAGCAAAACUCCAUGCCAGCUGCUCCAAUUUUCUUUUCAGGAACUAAAAGCUGCUACCGGAAAUUUCAGACCCGAUAGUAUUCUUGGGGAGGGUGGAUUUGGAUAUGUGUUCAAAGGAUGGAUUGAGGAAAAUGGGACAGCACCAGCAAAGCCCGGGUCAGGAAUUACAGUUGCGGUCAAAAGCUUGAAGCCGGAUGGUCUGCAGGGCCAUAGAGAAUGGGUGGCUGAGGUUGACUUUCUUGGACAGCUUCACCAUCCCAAUCUCGUUAAGCUUAUUGGGUACUGCAUUGAAGAUGAUCAACGGCUGCUUGUUUAUGAAUUUAUGACCCGUGGAAGUCUUGAGAACCAUCUUUUUAGAAGGACCAUACCUCUUCCGUGGUCCAAUAGGAUUAAGAUUGCACUUGGCGCAGCAAAAGGAUUGGCCUUCCUCCAUAAUGGUCCAGAACCAGUCAUAUAUAGAGACUUCAAGACAUCCAACAUAUUGCUUGAUUCGGAGUAUAAUGCAAAGCUUUCAGAUUUUGGUCUAGCCAAAGCCGGGCCACGAGGAGACAAAACGCAUGUCUCUACCAGGGUUGUUGGAACUUAUGGGUAUGCUGCUCCAGAAUAUGUAAUGACAGGACACUUGACAUCUAAAAGUGACGUUUACAGCUUUGGAGUUGUGCUUCUUGAAAUUUUAACGGGCAGAAGAUCAAUGGACAAGAAACGUCCUAGUGGGGAACAAAAUCUUGUUACAUGGGCUCGGCCAUAUCUAGCUGACAACAAGCGAAAGCCGCCUUAUCAACUGGUGGAUCCCCGCUUGGAACUGAAUUACUCUCUUAGAGGAGUGCAGAAAGUCUCUCAGUUAGCUUACAACUGCCUUAGUAGGGACUCAAAAUCGCGCCCCACCAUGGAUGAAGUUGUUAAGGUUCUGACUCCAUUGCAAGAUCUUAAUGACCUUGCCAUCUUAUCUCACCAUUCUCGAUUAUCUCAACAAGGGAGACGCAAGAAGAAGUCAGAUGGAACUCCACAGAUCACAUACACCCAUUGCAAGAGCAUCAGAGACUCUCCACUGAAUACUGGCAAGCAGCUUUAUAGAUGAUGAGCAAUCGCAUCCCUUUUAUCGGCUCAACUAUUUGAUGAAACAAAAGUUUGGAUGCCACCUGUUUUAACUGGGAUGUCUGAAGACUAUAUUUCAAGCUUAUAUAAUUUUUGGGUGUUUGAAUUUUGCCAGAGCAUCAGGGACAAUGGAUUAGGAAAGGUACAUCAGUUUCCUUUUCUUAAACCCUUACGUUAAAAAGCUAACCAUCAAUUUGGAACAUUCCUCACAAUUUGCCUGUGUUGUAAUUGAGCUAUCUCCUGUAAUUAGAUAAAACCUGUCAUUUCCAAGAUUGUUAUUUGCAACUGCCUGAUUUUUCCAACUGCUUUGAGUUGUGGUAAUUUCAUUAUUCUAUUUAAUGUAGUCAAGGUAUUA